UUCUUCCUUACCACUCCGGAGCUCUCCCUCCUACGUAGUAAUUUUGUGCGCUUCUGUGUUGUUGCUUUUGCUUCCAUAAGCCGGAUCUAGCUCACUAACAGGGUGGCGUAUCAAUGGGUGAAACUGGAGCACCGAUGCAGUAUUUGCUGUAUCUUUGGAAUGAGUGGGAGCUCCAAACUGUUGUUGCUGCCAGCUUCAGUCUGCAGGUUAUCCUCUUCUUCUUUGCAGGCGUCCGCCGUUACAACACCUCGUCUGUUGUUAGGGUGAUCCUCUGGCUAGUGUAUCUGCUUGCCGAUGCCAUUGCGAUAUACGCCCUGGGGCACAUCACCUCGUCAUUGUCAAAGAAAUCGAACCAGCUGGUGGCGUUCUGGGCGCCAUUGCUCGUUCUGCACCUCGGCGGCCAGGACACCAUCACUGCGUACGCCCUGGAGGACAAUGAACUCUGGCUGCGCCACCUGCUAAACAUGUCUGUGCAGGUCGCCGGCACCGCGUAUGUGCUCUACAAGUACAUCAAAGAAGACGGGUCAACCUUUGCCCGUGCUGCUAUUUGGGUACUGGCCGCCGGAGUUUUCAAGUACGGCGAGAGGAUACGGGCACUGAAGCUUGCAACCAGGAAGCACUCAAAGAAAAAUUGGAAACCACGAAGAAUAUGGAGGAGGAGGACGACGGAUCCCCCUUUGGAAAGUGUUCCGUUUGAAAUUUAUGCAUUUAUUGUGAUGAGAGCACACGUGGUACGCCAUAAUUAUGUCAAGCCUAUAAUUAUGGGCUACCCUGCGGGAAACACUACCAACGAGAUCGGGGCAUCCCUGAUGGAUGACUUCUGGGAACAAGUAAGGGAUCAUGUUACAUAUGUACAAGGGUAUGCACCACGGCUACGGGAAGAGGAUGCAUCGCUAGAGGAGAAGAUGCAAACUAAGAACCUGUACAAGACAAUCGAGGUGGAGCUCGGCCUGGUGUACGAGACUCUGUACACCAAGGCACCGGUGAUCCACACAUGGUAUGGCCACUGCAUCCGCACCUUCUCAUUAGUAUCUUGCUUCGCCGCUCUCGUGAUCUUCACAGUGAGCAAAAAAGAUAGCUACAGCACACCUAAUGUUGUUAUCACUUUUGCUCUUCUGGGCGGAGCUUGCGCACUAGAGGUUGCAUCUGUUUUCAAGGCGAGUGGGUCGACCUGGACAUAUGCCAUCCUGAGAGACGAGGGGUAUAACCGGCUGGCCAAUGCAAUUCUCUUUGCACGGUACCACCUCCGUCUUGUCAAUGAUGGAAGGUGGUCCGAUUCCAUCGGGCAAUCUAACUUCAUAUCCUAUUAUGCAUUUGACCCCAAGGAAGACCUCGCGGGAAGAAUAUCCAGAUGGAUUGGGCUCCGCCGCUUGUGGUUCAAAGCUCACCGCAUCAAACAUGCCAAGCUUUCACCUGCCGUGAAGGAGUUUGUAUAUGCCUUGCUCAAAGGUGAGUGGAGACAUCUGGUCAGCAUUGAAGAUGUGGGCCCCCGGAGAGCGGCCUGGGCUCGCAAGUUCAGCGACAACGCCAAGAUCAAACAACUUGACUGGAGCCUGAGUUUUGAAUUUCAGGAGUGUGUGUAUAUUUGGCAUAUAGCCACAAGCACCUUCCUCAAUAACUCUGCCCUCGAACCGGAGUUGGUCAACAAGGACAUGGCUGUCAUGGCUGGAGCAGUCAACACUCUCUCUGAUUACAUGAUGUACCUCCUCGUCAAGCACCCAGACAUUCUGCCCACUGAGGAAGCCAGUCGACGCUGGUAUGACAGUGUCGGCCGUGUUUACGUGUACAUUCUGGGUAGAGGUGGUGAUGAGUGUGGGCCUCACGCGGUAAUGCUGAAAUGCGAUGCUAAGGAACGUGAUUGGGAUAGUAACGGGGACUGGGCUAUGAUGGAGAAAGCAGGCACACUUGCUCGGAUAAUGCUCGACAUGGAGUUGGGGCUCCCACAUAAGUUGGUAAUACUUGGAACAGUUUGGAUGGAGAUGUUGUGCCACACAGCAACCAACACAGCUGGCGAAUUCCACGCCAGGCAGCUCAGCAAUGGGGGCGAGUUUCUGACCCACAUCUUGCUCCUCGCUGGAUAUUGUUCUUAUAUGAAAGAGGCAACAAAGCCGCCCGAAGCAGAUGAUUGCAAGGAUGUGAUCAUCGAAAUCCCCUGACCGAUAGACCGUGUCAACAGGCUGCCAAGCUAUUCUCCUCCUCAGAUCCAGUAUUUGUAAUUCUGUUUUUGCUAUUGCGUUGAAUUUGUAACUCCAUUCCAAUUUCAUUCUUAUUGCUGCUGGUGAAGCAUGUAAUCUCACCUCU